CAUACAACCAUCAAUUCAACAAUCAUGACUAGAGUUCGUCAUACCCAAAUGAGAAAUAAGUCUAAUACUUAGAGAAAAAAAGAAAUGCAUAUGAGAAGAUGAAGGACUUCAUGGUGAUGAUGAGAUUCUUCUUUCGAUCUUCAAUUUCCACUUCAAUGCUAGAUUCCUGAGCUCCAAUGGUGGAAAAUCUCCCCGAGGUAGCUCCAAGAACUUCCAUAAUCGCUCUCUAGGGCUCUCCCGCUCUCUGUUCUCUGUAAAAAAAAAAAAAAACCGGUCAUCCUCUUCAAAAAUUUGUAGACUCUUUUUAUACCUGAAAGUGACAAAAUCACGGUCAGGAAUCACGAUCAUAUUUUGAGGUUUCCGCCCGUGAUUCCAAAACAUGUUGUUUCAUUUAGCUAGCUUCAGAAUAUUAUACCGGGAAAGUCACAUUUGUGAUUCUUCAUUGUCUUCCCAUAACUUUCUUCUGGUGCCAUUGCCCAUUUUGUAAGGCCUUAUAGGUGAGUUACAUGGCUAGUCGUUCGAGGCAUGGUAACUAGACUAGAAAUAAUUGUCCCUCCUCUAUCCAAGGACUGCUCCUGCGCGAUAGUCAACAACAUCACAUAGAAGCUCAAAUGGGAAUUUCAAGUCAGGAGCCACCAUGAUGAACGCAUGUGUGAGUUUCUCAUAAGAACUGAAAUGAAAAUAUGCAAUUUGCAGAGAAAUUUGGAGACAAUGAGAGGAAUUUCCAGACACAAAUAAUUCAUCCAUGAAUACCUCAAUGAUAUCACAUACUAGCUUUUCAAAAAUGAUCAUCAUACAUUUCUGGAAAGUAACGAGGGCAUUGCACGACCCAAAUAUGCCGAUAAGCAAAGAUAUCGAAGGAGCAUGUGAAAAUAGUUUUCUCUUGAUCUUGUGAAAGUUAUACAUACGGAAAUAGUCCACAUACCAUCGAGAAAAGCAGUAGAAUUCAUGACAAAGUCAGACAAACACUCUUUUUGCAACCGCCCUUUAUGCGAAAUACUUAAGCCGCCUUUGUGCGAAAUUAUUAUCAAAAUUUCAAAUUCCUCCCCGCUUGAUGGGCUAACAGCAGUCCAAGCCCAAUAACAAAGGGUGUUUGAAAACCAGCAUAUCAUUUUCCGAAAGAAAAUAAAACUGAAGCCAAAAAAAUAAAAGUGGAGGGAGGAAUAAGCAGCUUAGCGCCGCAAUCUCGCCUUCAUCACCGUUCCGCCUCCGUCCGUCUCUCGCCGUUUUAUUUCGAUUUCUCCGACAGUUCCUUCUCGCAAGCCGCUCUCUUAUCGCCUGCGCUGCCGUUAUUCAGCUGCCCUUACCUGAUUUCUUUGAGUUAAGGUCCGGUUCUCCUUUAAUCCGAUCUCAUUCACUUUGAUUGUGUGUGAGACGCGUAGUGAAACUUAUUGAUAGCUUGGCCAAGUCAUUUACUUGCAAGCUUAUUAGGGUUAAUUGCUUGCUGUUUGUGUUGUUUUCUUUUGCCUCGUCUCUUGUGCUUUCGCUUGCAUCGAAGUUUAGGUUGAGGUUCUUUCUGUUCUUCCUAUGGAAUAGGGAAAGAAGAGGAGGUUUCGAUGAGGGUUUAAGGCUGUUUCUGGGACUAAGUAGAAAUCUUUUUCUGCUCUCUGUCUGUAUUUGUGUAAUUAGUUGCUGCCCUUAUUAACUUCUACAGCAAUUGGCAGGAAGUUUGUCACGGAGGACAAGGCCUGGACAAGACAGGAGAUUGAGGAACUCAAUACUUGCAAUGGGGAAAAAGAAAUCUGAUGAUGCUGGUGGUGCCGGGAAGGGUAAGGCUGCCACCAAAGAGGCAGCUACAACUGGGAAGAAAGAGAAAGUGUCGGUAUCUGCCAUGUUAGCGAGUAUGGAUCAGAAACCUGAUAAUCCGAAGAAAGGACCUUCGUCCAGUAAGCCGAAGCCAAAGCCAAAGCCAAAGCCAAAAGCUCAAGCCUACGACGACAUUGAUCUCCCUCCAUCUGAUGACGAUGAUGAUGACUAUGUCUCGGGCGAAGAGGGAAACCAGAUGGAUGCUCCCAAGAGAUCUAACCAGCAGCAGUUCUUGAAGCCCAUUGAGGCAUCUGUUUCAGAGAAAGAGUUAAAGAAGCGGGAGAAGAAGGAACUUCUUGCUGCCCAUGCUGCUGAGUUGGCUAGGAAGGAGGCUCUCAAAGAUGACCAUGAUGCAUUUACCGUUGUCAUUGGAAGCCGUGCAUCAGUCCUUGCCGGAGAGGAAGAAGGCGAUGCCAAUGUCAAGGAUAUUUCGAUUGAUAACUUCUCAGUGUCGGCACGUGGGAAGGAGCUUUUAAAGAAUACGGAAGUUAAGAUAUCCCAUGGGAAGAGAUAUGGUUUGGUUGGACCGAAUGGGAUGGGGAAAUCUACACUUUUGAAGCUUCUUGCUUGGAGGAAGAUACCAGUCCCCAAGAACAUUGAUGUGCUCUUGGUUGAGCAAGAAGUUGUUGGUGAUGAUAAAUCUGCUCUACAGGCAGUUGUUUCCGCUAAUGAAGAACUUGUUAGAUUGAGAGAAGAAGUGGACAUGCUGCAGAAAUUAUCUUCAGCUGGUGACGAAGAAAUUGAUGAUAACGAUGGCCAGGAUGAUGCAGGAGCCAAGCUUGCCGAGCUGUAUGACAAAUUGCAGCUGAUGGGAUCAGAUGCUGCUGAAGCUCAGGCGUCAAAGAUUCUAGCUGGACUAGGUUUUACCAAGGAUAUGCAGGCUCGUGCAACUAGGUCUUUUAGUGGAGGGUGGAGGAUGAGGAUUUCUCUUGCUCGGGCACUUUUUGUGCAGCCGACUCUGUUGUUGCUUGAUGAGCCAACAAACCAUCUUGAUCUUAGGGCCGUCCUAUGGUUGGAGGAGUACUUAUGCAGAUGGAAGAAAACUUUGGUGGUUGUCUCGCACGAUCGUGAUUUCCUUAACACAGUUUGUAAUGAAAUCAUUCAUCUGCAUGAUCUUAAGCUUCAUACAUACCAUGGGAACUUUGAUGGUUUUGAAAGCGGGUAUGAUCAAAAGCGGAAAGAAGUGAAUAAGAAAUAUGAGACUUACGAGAAGCAGAUGAAAGCUGCUAAGAGGACUGGGAGUAGGGCUCAGCAGGAGAAGGUCAAAGAUCGUGCAAAGUUCGCUGCAAACAAGGAUGCAUCAAAGAGCCGAGCUAAGGGGAAAGUUGAUGAGGAUGAUGUGCCUGCCGAAGCCCCAAGAAAAUGGAGAGAUUAUAGUGUUGAGUUCCACUUUCCUGAACCCACUGAGCUCACACCUCCACUUUUGCAACUUAUUGAAGUUAGUUUCAGCUAUCGAAAUCGGCCUGAUUUUAGGCUUUCAGACGUUGAUUUGGGUAUUGAUAUGGGAACCCGUGUUGCCAUUGUUGGACCCAAUGGAGCUGGCAAGUCCACCCUGCUGAACCUGCUUGCUGGUGAUUUGGUUCCUACUGAGGGGGAAGUAAGAAGAAGUCAGAAGUUGCGAAUUGGAAGGUACUCUCAACACUUUGUGGACCUCCUCACAAUGGGUGAAACACCUGUUCAGUAUCUUUUGAGACUGCAUCCAGAACAAGAAGGGUUUAGCAAACAAGAGGCUGUUCGUGCAAAACUUGGGAAAUACGGACUACCCAGCCAUAAUCAUCUUACCCCCAUUGCUAAACUAUCCGGUGGGCAGAAAGCUCGUGUUGUAUUUACGUCAAUAUCCAUGUCAAAGCCUCACAUUUUGUUACUGGAUGAGCCCACCAAUCAUUUGGAUAUGCAGAGCAUCGAUGCACUAGCUGAUGCUCUAGACGAGUUUACUGGUGGAGUUGUCCUGGUUAGUCAUGACUCUAGAUUGAUCUCUUCAGUUUGUGAUGAUGAAGAGAGGAGUCAAAUCUGGGUUGUGGAAGAUGGAACUGUGAAGUUCUUCGAUGGAACAUUUGAAGAAUACAAGGAGGAAUUGCAAAGAGAGAUUAGAGCAGAAGUGGAUGACUAAUUUUGCAGCAGGUAAGAUCUCAUUCUUCUGUUGCCGUAAUUUGCAUGAUGCCCAUGUAUCGUAUGAAGAUGUCACUGAGGCACGCCUGAACCAUUUGUUUUUGCACUAGUUGAGAUAUAUCAACGUAGCUUAUAUUGAAUAUACUAUGAAGGUAUCAUGACUUUCUUGUUCAGACUAGGAUAUAUAUAUAUAUAUAUAUGGUGGUUACUUCAGCGCACUCACUUUUUUGGGUGCACUCAAAAGUGUCCAUAAUACAUCAAAUUUUGAACUUGUAAUUAGUACUGUCAAUCUAUAUGAUGAUAUGACAUAAAAUCAUAACAAAUCAAUCUAUUAUCCUAACCCCUUAACCUUCAAUUUUGAAUUCCAACCCAAAAUCCCAAAUUGUAAACCUAAACCCUAACCCUAAAUCCCUAAAUCCUUCGAAUUAAAGUAAAUUUUGAAUGAUUUUUUUUCAAAUUCAUGUGCUUCUUGUUCAUAAUAUCAUAAGCAACAAUUGAUACCGUUUUGACAUGAAUCCAUGCUCAUAAUGACAAUUAUGAGGCGGGUACACUGAGUGCACCAAAAAAAGUGAGUGCACCGAAUACACCACUAUAUAUAUAUAUAUAAAAAUAAGGACCUCCAGUCACU